AUGGUUGCUUUUCUCCUCACAGGGAUUAUCUAUGAUGUGAUCGUGGAACCUCCCAGCGUGGGGUCGAUGACAGAUGAACACGGACAUCAGAGACCGGUGGCCUUCUUGGCAUACAGGGUAAAUGGGCAAUAUAUUAUGGAAGGGCUUGCGUCCAGCUUCCUCUUCACAAUGGGCGGCCUGGGAUUCAUAAUUCUGGAUCGAUCCAAUGCACCAAAUAUCCCCAAGCUGAAUAGGUUUCUCUUGCUCUUUAUUGGAUUUGUCAGUGUGCUUUUGAGCUUCUUCAUGGCCAGGGUUUUCAUGAGGAUGAAAUUACCGGGCUACUUGAUGGGUUAGUACCUCUUGUGAUGUGUGAAAGCCCGAGCUGAAUUUACUCCUCUCAUGAAGUGUUUGAGAAGCAGCAGCAAGGAACAAAUUCCAUAGUCACCAUCAACAGGCAAGAGACCUGUCCAUGAGGAUCAA